CGCCGGGUAAGCCACGUUGAGCUGUGAGGGAAGCAAGCAGAAGAAGGUGGGACCACUGACAGAGAAACGAGGCGUCGGGUGGCUCUAGCUAUUAGAUGGAAAGAGAUUCUGAACGUACCUUCAUAGCCCACACUUCAACGUGACGGAGCCGAAGAAAAGGCCUGCAAACUGCGCAUGCGCUUGAUAAAAACACACGUGUACUCUCACUCUCUAAUAAGAGCGCACCGUAAACAUUUGCGAGUUAGCGUUCAAGAAUGGCUACACCGAGCGGCUCAGUUGCAGUAGACAAGGCAGACCUAAAGAGAAAAACGGGCGAGUUCGACCUGGAAACUAUUUUCUUCCUAGACCUCUCGGACCAAGGACUGAAUGAGUUGGGGGCAGUCCCUCGGUGCUGUUCUCUGCGGGUGUUGAACCUGUCGUGUAACCGACUGUGUGAUGUCAGAUCUUUGACUUGUCUCACUGGUCUGGAGGAGCUGGAUCUCUCUGCCAACCUCAUCUCCAGCCUCAAGGAUUUUGACAAAUUCGAGAAACUUCAGAGAAUAGACUUGCCAGGAAACAACCUUGCUGAGUUGGACUCUCUCCUCCCUCUGUGUGCUCUGCCUCACCUCAGAACGCUGUGUCUCAAAAUACACGGAGCAACGUCUCUCGGCAACCCUCUCUGCUCGGACAGGGACCAUGGCGGCUACGGCGUCUUCAUGAGUCAGAGCUUCCCCCACCUUCACUGGCUGGAUGGGGAGAGGGUGGAGAGGGAAGGGGUGAAGGGAGAGAGGACUGAGCUGGAAAGAGAGCUAGGGAGGCUGGAAGCCAUCGGGGAGGAUGAGGAUGAGGAAGGAAAGAGAGAGCCUGAAAGAGCAUUGGUUGGAUUCUCUCUGAAUGAUGAACUUGCAAUGGAGAAGAUAAAACGUCUCAUCUCAGACUGCACCCACACCAGUCAGAGAGUCCAAAGACACAUUGACUCACUACAGGAGAUUCUAAAUUGAGCCCACCACCCCGCCCCCACGCCAACACAAAUCACUUAUCACUUCAUACAUUCGUCAGCUAUAACUCAAACUCAGCAGUUCCUCGUUUCAUUGUUAGCGUCAUUUUCAAUCACAGAUCAAGCUGAUUUUCAAUAAAUUCUCAAAAAAAGGUCAUGGCCAAUAGGAGAGGGUCAGUAAUGAUAUCUGAUGCUAGACUAGUGGAGUUUCCACUUUUGCAACGAGUUUCUUGGAAUGGUCACGGUACAUGACAAACAGUGCCAGCUGGAUGCACGCCAGGAACACACCCACCGUGUUCGGGAACUGUGGAAAGUGACAUUCUGAAGUAGAGUGAAGUUGAGCACAAUAUUUUUCAAGGUGC